AUGCAUUAUCACCCCCUCAUUGUCGCCAUCCUGGCAGCAUACGGAGUUGCCAUCCCGCUUAACAUCAAUCUUGGAGCAUACUCGCCAGCAGUGAUAGUCGGUGAUGGUGAAAUAUCAUUCGGAGGCAGGACAGAUGUGUCGGGCUUGAUGAGUGCUCUGGAGGGAGCUGCAGUAGGAGGAACUGGAACUGGAACUGGAACUGUUCCCAAUACAAACCCCAAUCCUCCAAGACCCACUACCGCUGCGGCGUCGGGACAGAUCACUGAUCAACAACAAGCCGCUCAAGUUGCUGCUCUUCAGGGAAUGGGCAAGCAAAUUGCUCCACGAGAGGGUGAGGUAGAGGCUCGGGAACCAGAACCCAAGCCGGAGGUGGUACCGGAGGACGAGGUCCCAACCCUGAACAGUAAGAGGGAUAUCAACGGCUUCAACGCCGCCUUGAAGUAUGCUUCUGAUGCAAUCAAGAUCACUCCUCAAAUUGAUAUUGGUACCAAGGAAGCUGGCGUUGGUAUCUUGCAGAGACCAGGUAUCACCGCUGCCGCUGCCGCUGGUGCUACCAGGCCAGCUGCCGCUGCCCCUGCCGGUGCCCACAAGAAAAGAGACCUCCCAGCCCGCAAGUUGAAGACCACCGUUACCACCAUGUAUGUUCGCGGAGGACCUGUACCGGCAGGUAAGUUUUCAAUUGAAACCGAACUUAAAAUCUACCUUUCUAACUUUCAUUCAUAGGCACAGUGAAAAGAAGCAUCGGAGAUACCGCACUUAGCAAGAAAGAUUCAAGCACAGGCCUUGACGGCGUCAACUUGAACAUGGCUGAUGGACAAGUUGCUGAACUCACGUUUGUGGAGACAAAAGCCGUUGAGGCGGAUGAGGAAGAUUCUGAUGACGAAGAUUGAAGCAUUUUUUUGAAUUGGGGGAUAACAAGACGAAUGGGUGUGUAAGGAUCUGGGGGAUAACGUGUGUUUCUGAUGUUCAAAGGUGUUUAUUUUGGCUUAGAACUUAUUUUGGUCAGGAGUUUAUGGCAUCAUUCCUCGCACGAUUUUAUUACAUUUCUUUUUUAUUGGGCCCCCCUACAAAGGCUAUAGGAAGAUAGUAGCACUGAAAGAGUAUCAAAAAUAUACCCGUUUGGGAAUUG